AUGCUACGAUUGUCGCAUCGUCAAACGAGAUGCUUUGCUACUUUUGCGGCACAACUAGACAAGACAAGCUACUCAAAAACUUUACAGCUACCCCAAACCAAGUUCAGUCCCAAAAUACCGCGUGGUUCUGCUCGUGAUGAACUCAUUAACCGAACUGGGAUCGACAUCUACAAAUGGCAGCAACAACACAAGAUCAACUACAAACCUUUUGUUCUUCAUGACGGACCGCCAUAUGCCAAUGGGAAACUCCACGUUGGUCACGCAUUGAACAAAAUAUGCAAAGACAUAAUUAUUAGGUACCAAUUGAUUCAUGAAGACAAACUGAUCAAGUAUCAACCAGGAUGGGAUUGUCAUGGAUUGCCCAUUGAAUUAAAAGUAGAACACACAUUAGGCAAAUCAGAGUUUAAAGAUCCAGUUGAGAUUCGAAAAGCUUGUCGAGAAUAUGCUAUGAAUAUGAUUGAAAACCAACGUAAAGAAUUUCUUGAAUUGGGUAUAAUGACUGAUUUUACAAAACCAUAUAUUACCAUGGAUCAUAAGUUCGAAAGCAACCAGUUGCAAGUUUUCAGUAAAUUGGUAGAGAAUGGGUUGUUGAGUCAACAAUUGAAACCAGUAUGGUAUGGAUGUGAUACACAAACUGCGUUAGCGGAAGCUGAAUUGGAGUAUAAUGAUAAACACAAGUCAGUGGCUAUAUAUGUUAAAUUCCCCGUUGUUGAUGAUAAAUUGGGCAAUUAUUUGCAACAGCGUGACCCAAAUGUGUCAUUAGUCAACGAGCAGAUUAAAUUGUUAAUUUGGACAAGCACUCCGUGGACAAUACCAGCAAAUAAAACAAUCUGUGUCAGUGAACACUUGACAUACACUUUGAUUAAAAAGGGUGAUGAGUUACUUGUUGUUGCUAAACCAUUGGCGGAAGAGGUGCUCAAACUAGAUCCAGAAUAUUCUCUUGUUAAUAUUGAGAUCCCUGGAUCUGAAUUGAUUGGCAUACAUUAUGUGAACCCCGCAGCUCAAGACAAUAUGAAAAGACCAGUUAUACAUGGUGACCAUGUUGUUGGUACAGCAGGUACCGGCCUUGUACACAGUGCACCAGCUCAUGGGCGUGAAGAUUAUCUCGUUGCCAAGCAAAACGGAAUUACCAUUGAAUCGUCAUGCGUUGAUAACAAGGGUAAAUACAUUGUUGAAGAAUUGCCUCCAGGUUUCCAAAAAUUGGGGGCGUUAAAAGUAAAUGAGAUUAGAUCCAAUAUGCUUUGUGUUGAUGUUUUGAAACAACAUGAUAUGAUCUACAAUGUCAAUAAAAACUUUGUCCAUUCUUAUCCAUAUGAUUGGCGAUCGCAAACUCCCGUCAUUCAGCGUGCUACGCCCCAAUGGUUUGUCAAUGUUGAUAAAAUCAAACCUUUUGCUCGUGAAGCUUUGGAAAGAGUGAAUUUCCAUCCUGCUAGUGGGUACAAUCGGUUAACAUCGUUUAUUGAAAACAGAGAUGAAUGGUGUAUAUCUAGACAAAGAUCAUGGGGGGUACCAUUACCUAUUGUUUAUGCUGCAGAUACACAUAAACCAGUAUUGGAUUUAGCGGUGAUUAAUCACACAAUCACCAAAAUUGAUGAGUUUGGCACUGAUGAAUGGUUUGUCAAGGAAUCUGAUAUUAGUCGUUGGUUGCCUUCGAAUAUGGAUGGAACCAAUUACUACAAAGGACAAGAUACGAUGGAUGUUUGGUUCGAUUCAGGUACGUCGUGGAGCACGUUGCGUGACAAUAUCAAGGAGUGCAAUAACGAUACAACACAACCAUUGGCUGACGUCUAUCUUGAAGGUAGUGACCAACAUCGUGGUUGGUUCCAGUCUUCUUUGCUCAACAAGGUUAUCUAUUCUGGAAACAUAGGAGAAUCAUUUCAGGCACUAGCCCCAUACAAAGCUGUAAUUACUCAUGGAUUCAUUACUGAUGCACAUGGUCAAAAAAUGUCAAAGACUAAAGGAAACAUCUUUUCCCCUCAUGAAGCAAUUGAAGGUUGCAAGAAACCAUGGACACCAUUCUUGGGCACUGAUGGAUUGAGAUUAUGGGCAGCAUCUUCCAAUUAUCAGCAAGAUGUUGGUUUUCAUCCAGAAGUGUUGACUAGAGUAAGUGAAGUGGGUAAAAAGUAUCGAGUUACAUUCAAGUAUCUUUUGGGCAACUUGUACGACUUUGAUGCUCCUGUCGCGUACUCACAAUUGAGUGAUUUGGACAAGUAUAUUUUGCACACAUUGCAUCAGUUGCAAUCAACUUGUGCUGGGUAUUACAAGUCUUAUAAUUUUUCACGAGUUGUGAGUUUAGUCAAUGCUCAUGUUAAUUCCAUCUUGAGUGCAAUUUAUUUUGACGUUUCAAAAGAUUGCUUGUACACAGAUAAGGCCAGUUCAAUGAGACGCAGGGCAAUUCAAACUGUUUUAAAUGAUAUUUUAAAGACAUAUGUUGGCAUAUUGGCUCCAAUCCAACCAUUGACUGUGCAAGAAGUUUGGGAUGAGUAUGUAAAUAUUAAUCAAAAUGUCAGUGACUCUCCCUUCAAAGAGUCAUCCACUACGUUCAAGUUGCCUGAUGAUUACAUUAAUCAUGAUUUGGAGUCGCAAUUCAAUAUUUUUUUCAAAUUGAGAGAUGAAAUCUACAAGGAGAUUGAAACAUUGAAGCAAAACAAUUUCUUCAAGAAUAAAUUGGAAUUGGAAAUUAAUUUGACAAACCCACUGGGCAAAGAUUCAACUUUAUUUGAAUUUAUAAAAUCAAAUGAAUCAUAUCUUGAUGAUUUGUUUUUAGUUUCCAAGGUGAAACUUGUUGACAAUGGUGAAGUUGACAAUUUACAAAUUAUGGAUAUCGGUGGUGAAGAAAUUGGCGUUGCUAUUAAACAUUCAGACGAUUAUAAAUGUGGACGUUGUUGGAAGUAUACUGCACCUGAACCAGAGUCGUUGUGUGGCAAGUGUAAUGAUGUUGUAAAUAGGUAA